UUGAAUCUGACAUAUUCAAAUGAAUACUGGAUGAUGAUGAUGGUGAUGAUGUUGCAAUAUGUACAUUUUUGCAGAAAAACAUUCACACAGUACUGGCAACCCCUUUCCUCCUUAUUUGCCAUUCAGGAUAUCAACCAGAAUCCCAGCCUCUUGCCCAACAUCACUCUGGGCUACAACAUCCAUGAGAACUUCUUUCAUGGAAGGGUGACAUGCGAAGCUCUGGUAGACCUGCUGUCUGCUAGGCAGGCGAAUGUUCCGAACUACAACUGCGGGGGACAGAAUAACCUGAUUGCUGUUCUCGAAGGGGCUGACACUCAGAACUCCAUCCAGAUUUCAAGCAUGUUGGGCAUCUAUAAAAUCCCACAGGUCAGCUAUGCUUUUGUCUCUCAUGUUCUGGAUGAUAAGAGGCAGUUCCCUUUUUUCUACCCAAUGGUCCCCAAAGAAGAAGCCCAGUACCCAGGGAUUGUCAAGCUGCUCCAUCACUUCAGAUGGACGUUCAUUGGUCUAAUUGCCCCCGACACCGAAAAUGGAGAGAGAUUCAUGAAGACCCUGACUCCUGUGCUCAUCAGGAGUGGAAUUUGUGUUGCCAUCUCACAAACCAUCUCGGUACUGAACACAAAUGGAUUCGAUAUCAAUUUUCGCAAAUUCUUAAAGUGGAGACAAGCCCGUGUGUUUGUGUAUUAUGCAGAGACUUUUCAUGCCUUGCAUGGAAUUUUCGUUCUACAACAUUUAUUUGAUUACUUGAUAAAGCCCACUGCGGGGGAAGUCCUGGUCACAACAGCUAUGUGGGACAUCUCCUUCGAGUUAAUGUACAGCGGCUUAUCUUACGAACACAUCCAUGGCAUUUUUUCUUUCUACACUGAAACAAAUAAAAGGAAAGAAUCUAACGAUAUUCCAUCCCUUUUCUUUGCAAUCAAGCAGUUUUGGGAGGAAUCUUUCAGUUGUUCCUAUUUAAAGCAUGCAUGGUCGGUGAAAGGCUGGAUAAGAUGCAGGGAGAAAGGAAAACAUGAGAUGCUGCCCCAAGAUGAUAUGGAAAGAAGCCUCUCUCUUGACAGCUACAGGAUUUACAACACUGUCCAAGCUUUGGCCCGUGCCUUAAAUGCUGCAUAUUCCUCCAGAUCUCUGUGGCAGGUGACAGACAGCCUGGAACGUCAAAGGCUACAGCCAUGGCAGCUCCACCCUUUCCUGGGAAACUCCCAGUUCUACAAUUCUUCCAUGGAUGGAGUGUAUUUGGAUGAGAAGGGGCAAUUAGCAGCUGACUUUAAUGUUGUGAAUUGGCUGAAGUUUCCCAAUAAGUCCAUCCUUAAAGUGAAAUUUGGGAGUAUCAACAGACGGGGUUUGUCAGACCUACAAUUCACCAUUGACCAGGAUGCUGUUGUGUGGCCCAAAUGGCUCAGCCCGACCCUACCUAUUUCCCGGUGUGUGGAAAGUUGCAGCCCUGGAUUCGUCAAAGUCGUUCAGGAAGGAAAGCCACUCUGCUGCUAUGACUGCGUUCCCUGUGCGGAAGGGACCAUCUCCACUCAGGAAGAUGCAGAGUAUUGCACCAGGUGUCCUGAAGAUCAACAUCCAAACAAGCCCAGGGAUCAAUGUGUCUUUAAGAUUAUAACCUUCCUGGUUUAUGAAGAACCUUUGGGGAUCCUCCUAGCUUCCUUUUCCCUCUUGUCAUCCUUAACCACAGGCAUUGUGUUAGGAACAUUCAUUAAGUACAAGGAAACCCCCAUAGUCAAAGCCAACAACAGGGACCUUUCCUACAUCCUCCUCAUCUCCCUCUUGCUUUCCUUUUUGUCCUCCUUCCUCUUCAUUGGACAACCUACAAAAGCAACCUGCCUUAUGCAACAAGUGGCCUUUAGCACCAUCUUCUCAGUUGCUGUCUCUUCUAUCUUGGCAAAAACCAUCACUGUGGUCAUGGCCUUCCUGGCAGCUAAGCCUGGGAACAGGGUGAGGAGAUGGCUGGGGAAGGGUUUUGCACACUCUGUUGUCAUUUCCUGCUCCAGUGUGCAAGUUCUCAUCUGCACCAUCUGGCUUGGGGUCUCUCCCCCAUUCCCAGACUCAAACAUGCACUCUCAGCCUGGAGAGAUCAUCCUGCAAUGUAACGAAGGGUCUGUUGCCAUGUUUUACGGUGCUCUUGGCUACAUGGGCUUCCUGGCCUCCAUCUGCUUCACAGUGGCUUUCUUAGCUAGGAAGCUGCCUGGGGCCUUCAAUGAAGCCAAGCUGAUCACCUUCAGCAUGCUGGUCUUCUGCAGUGUUUGGUUGUCCUUUGUGCCCUCCUAUCUGAGCACAAAGGGGAAAUACAUGGUGUCCGUGCAGAUCUUCUCUAUGUUGGCCUCCAGUGCUGGGCUUCUGGGCUGCAUCUUCUUUCCCAAGUGCUACAUAAUUGUACUCAGGCCUGAUCUGAACACAAAGGAGCAUCUGACAACAAAAGCUGAUUCUUAAAUUACUCAUUUUCGACAACUGUCGUCCAGUACAGACAUACUUG